GUCAUUGAUAUGGAGAGGGGUGGCGAAGAGGAGACCAAACUAUUCAAGUGAGAAUCAUAAGGAAGCUCCUCCUGGAGAAGAGGAGACCUAUAAUAUAUCAAUGGGUAUAGUUGAGGAAGCUCACAACGUGAAGGUCCUGGGCUCGACCCGUGAAGGCGCUCAGACCAUAGUGCUUGCACACGGGUUCGGGACUGACCAGUCGGUGUGGAAGCACUUGGUGCCCCACCUCAUCGACUCAUACCGGGUCAUCCUCUACGACAACAUGGGCGCUGGAACCACCAACCCUGACUAUUUUGACUUCGACCGGUACUCGUCAUUGGAAGGGUUCGGGUGGGAUCUGCUGGCGAUACUGGAGGAGCUCCGGAUCGAGUCAUGCAUCUUCGUCGGCCACUCGCUAUCCGCCAUGAUCGGAGUGAUAGCUUCCAUUUCCAGGCCUGAGCUCUUCGCCAAGAUUGUCAUGCUUGCUGGCUCUCCCAGGUACAUUAACGAUCCCAACUACUAUGGAGGCUUCGAGCAAGAGGAUCUGGAGCAGUUGUUCGAGGCAAUUAGAGAGAACUAUAAAGCCUGGGUCGCGGGCUUCGCUCCUCUGGCAGUUGGUGGAGACAUGGACUCGGUGGCUGUCCAGGAGUUUUGCCGGACGCUGUUCAACAUGCGGCCCGACAUAGCCCUGUGUAUAGCGCAGACAAUAUUCCAGAGCGACAUGAGGCCGUACUUGGGGCUGGUCACUGUCCCCUGCCACAUAAUCCAGAGCAUGAAGGAUCUGGCAGUCCCAGUGGGUGUCUCGGAGUACCUGCACGAGCACCUGGGAGGAGAGUCAAUUGUCGAGGUCAUGCCCUCGGAUGGCCAUCUCCCGCAACUGAGCUCCCCGGAGAUUGUCAUCCCAGUGCUGCUCCGACAUAUCCGGUUCAACAUCGCAGCAUGAUCAACCAAUGUGUGUAUAUGUAAUGUAUUAGUAUCGUAUCAACAUACUCGUAUGAUUUUGUUUUCCAUCUUCCGAAACCCGAUGUGUGUUUGAAACUCUCGAGCUACAACUAUGAGUAGCGACAAGUAACGCGCGGGAUGUACUCCCGACAAAUCUUUCGAUUCCGAAGUUUGUUUGAUCUCCUUGUAUAUAGUCUUGCAUGGUCUUGGAUGGAACUCUUGUUCAA